AUUUUAUACUUUUUAUAUAACCUUUUGUCACGGGCACUGUUUCAUUCCCUUGGACCCCUUCUUCUUCAAGAUCUGUUUCUUCCUUCUUUCUCUCUAACCAGAUUUUGUUGUACCAGAGAGAGAGAGAGAGAGAUCCCUUAAUAAUUCUUACACAUUUAUCUUUCUUGUCUGAAUCCUAACAAAGACUUUAGUUUUGGUCGAUCUUAUAAUUUUCUUUUUUUAUUCUAUGGAUUUCUCUUCCGGGUUUCAAUAAUUGUCACUUCCGUAGUAUUCUGCAAAGGUUUUGGUUUUUUCUCCGAGUUUUUUUGUCCUUCAAAAAAAACUUUGGUUGCUCUCUCUCUGUUCAAGAAGAUCCGAGCUUGAUUCCUAAUCUAUCAUUUGAGAAGAAGAAACUAAGAAAUGGGUAAGAGUUGGUUUUCAGCUGUGAAGAAAGCAUUAAGCCCAGAACCAAAACAAAAGAAAGAGCAGAAGCCACAUAAGUCCAAGAAAUGGUUUGGUAAAUCCAAGAAGCUAGAUGUUACUAAUUCUGGUGCAGCAUAUUCUCCUCGUACUGUCAAAGACGCGAAACUAAAGGAGAUUGAGGAGCAACAGAGCAGACAUGCUUACUCUGUGGCUAUUGCAACUGCUGCAGCUGCAGAGGCAGCCGUUGCAGCUGCUCAAGCUGCUGCUGAAGUUGUUCGUCUCUCUGCAUUAUCACGGUUCCCCGGGAAAUCAAUGGAAGAGAUCGCCGCUAUCAAGAUUCAGACAGCAUUUAGAGGAUAUAUGGCAAGAAGAGCAUUGCGUGCGUUGAGAGGUCUUGUGAGGCUAAAAUCUUUAGUCCAGGGGAAAUGUGUGAGACGUCAAGCCACAUCUACAUUGCAAAGCAUGCAAACACUAGCUAGAGUACAAUAUCAGAUUCGUGAGAGAAGGCUCCGAUUGUCUGAGGAUAAACAGGCUUUAACACGACAGCUCCAACAAAAACACAAUAAAGACUUUGAUAAGACUGGAGAAAAUUGGAAUGAUAGUACAUUGUCGCGGGAGAAAGUUGAAGCAAACAUGUUGAACAAGCAAGUAGCAACAAUGAGAAGAGAAAAAGCGCUUGCAUAUGCAUUCAGUCACCAGAAUACAUGGAAAAACUCAACUAAAAUGGGUUCUCAAACAUUCAUGGACCCUAACAAUCCGCAUUGGGGUUGGAGUUGGCUAGAACGUUGGAUGGCUGCUCGACCAAACGAAAACCACUCACUCACACCAGAUAAUGCUGAAAAAGACUCUUCUGCUAGGAGUGUAGCAAGCCGUGCCAUGUCUGAGAUGAUUCCACGAGGCAAAAACCUUUCACCAAGAGGAAAGACACCAAACAGUCGAAGAGGGUCAAGCCCGAGAGUGAGGCAAGUCCCAAGUGAAGACUCAAACAGCAUUGUGAGUUUCCAAUCAGAACAACCUUGCAAUCGUAGGCAUAGCACUUGUGGAUCAAUUCCAUCAACUAGAGACGAUGAAAGCUUCACCAGUAGUUUCUCUCAGUCAGUUCCAGGCUACAUGGCACCUACACAAGCCGCCAAAGCAAGAGCUCGAUUCUCAAACCUUAGUCCUCUAAGCUCAGAGAAGACAGCGAAAAAACGGCUUUCCUUCUCGGGAUCUCCUAAGACUGUAAGACGGUUUUCAGGUCCACCAAAGCUGGAAAGCAAUGUUACUAAGAAAGAUACUAAUCUUGCUUAAACAGAGAAUGGAUAUAUAUAUAUAGUUUAUAUCUGACAUUGUUGAUUAGGCAAAAGUCUGGUGCAGAGGUGAAUUCAGAGAAGAUUCUGUUAUGUCUUUGUUUGUUUUUUUGGUAUUUUUUUUUACUACAACAAACUUAAUUAUUUGUUUGACUUUUUUAAUUGGUUGAACAUAUUUGUAUUGAUGAAGAGACAUAUAUAAUUUUCCACAUGCUA